UGCCCAGCUUAGCUGGUGUGGGGAGGCUGUGUGUGGGCCGGGAGGGAGGUGGGGAGACCCGCACCUGUUGGGGAAUGGGGAGGAGACCCAGGCGUGCUGAGAGGAUGGGGAGAAUGGGAGUAGGAGGCACGCGGGCGAAGGACUGGCGGCUGUGGACAAGCGAGGGGCAACCUGUAUCCAAAAGGAUGGAGUUGGGAAAAGGAAGACUUCUCAGGACGGGGCUGAAUGCCUUGUAUCAGGCGAUCCACCCCGUCCACGGCCUUGUCUGGACUGACGGGCAUCAGGUCAUCCUGACUGAUUUACAGCUUCACGGCGGAGAGGCCAGGUUCGGGGACUCCAAGGUCAUUGCACAGUUUGAACACGUAUAUGGAGUGUCCUGGGCACCCCCUGGCGUGGCUGAUGUGCCCGCUCUGCUCGUGGUCUGGCACAAGAAUUAUGUCACUGUGGGGCAGCUGUGUCCCAGCACUAUGGAGAAAAGCCAGUGGCUGAUGUCGCGGACCUGUGAGAUUAGAGAAUCACACCCCGUCCUUCCCCAGGGCUGUGUGUGGCAUCCAAAGAGUGCUGUCCUGGCUGUGUUGACGGCACAGGCUGUGUCCGUCUUCCCAAGUGUCCACGGUGACAUUCCCCCGGUGAAAGCGGACAUCAACACCAGGGGCCUCAUUCACUGUGGCUGUUGGACCCGGGAUGGCCGGAGGCUGGUGGUGGCAGUUGGCAGCAGCCUGUUUUCCUACAUUUGGGACAGCGCUCAGCAGACUCUGUGCAGGUGCUCCUUCUACCCGGUGUUUGAUGUGGACAGCUAUGUGCGCUGCAUCAGGGCCACCGCCGGCUCACAGGUCGCUGUAGCCACUGAGCUUCCACUAGAUAAGAUUUGUGGCUUAAAUGCGUCUGAAACCACGGACAUCACGCCUGGUGGGGAAGACACUCGUCUGUGUGCUUCACCGGUUCCUGAAGGGGCACCCACCGGGGAUCAGGGGGCCGUUGAUUCCGAGACGAAUUUUGAAACCUCGGGUUCUCCUGUUUCUCCUUCCUUUUCAGAUCCUCUAGAUCUAACUCAUAUACAUUUCAAUACCUCCAAGCUGGAGGGUAGUUCUCUUAUUUGUCUAAGAAAAAAGGACUGCUUGACAGGAGCUGGCCUGGAUGCCUCACAUUUGGUCCUUGUGACCUUUGAGAAAGAGGUCACGCAGACCAGAAAAGUCACCAUUCCCGGCAUUCUGGCUCCUGAUCUAAUAGCAUUUAAUCCUAAAGCCCAGGUGGUCGCGGUGGCUUCCAAUACUUACAAUGUCAUUUUUAUCUAUUCUGUCAUUCCCUCGCGUGUGCCAAACACGCGGCAGAUUCAAUUAGAGAGAAGUGAAAAGCCAAAAGGUAUAUGUUUCUUGACAGAUAAGUUACUAUUAAUUUUGGUAGGAAGACAAAAGCCCACUGAUGCGGCAUUUCUUCCUUCUUCAAAGACUGAUCAGUAUAUCCUUCAUUUGAUCGUUAGGGAAGUAACGUUGGAAGAAUUUCCAGUAACAGUGGGUGAAAACCAGAAGGGAGGCUCAACUCUCAGUACUCUGUUAAAUAAAACAGACGGAAAAAAGCGAAUUGAGAGUCUUUCCCCAGAUUUUUGUCCCCCAAACAGAGGGCUCUUAACAGCUAAUGGCAGUGGGCAAAGCGGGCGGCCCGGAAGACCCCUUAUUGAAGAAAUCAGAAGUCCUCCGGCCAGGCUCUGGGACGGCUCCUUUGCCCUUGACACUGUAGCUGCCCAGCCUGUUAACCGCUCAUGGCCACGGCCCAGAUCCGGCCCCACACCCCAGCCCGCCCUAACUCCCACACCUCCUGACUGGCCUCCAAGCAAGAACAUACAAAGGGAAAAGGAAAUUUCCCAGCUGUCUAAGGAAAUAGAAAUUUUAUCUAGGACCCUGACGGAAGUGCAGCGACGUCUCUCCGAACUCACAGACCUUCUACAAAAGGAGAGGUCCUCUGCUGCGUAUCCUCUCUCGCAGGAUCUGCCCUAUGUGCACGUGACUUAUCAGAAGUCUUACUGUGUAGGUCCUGCGGUUGAAAAAAGAGCCAUGCUCCUCUGCAAUGGCAAAUUAAGUCUGAAGACAGUUCAGCAGACUUUCGGCCUCUCUCUCGUCGAAAUGCUCCAUGACUCACACUGGAUCCUUCUCUGUGCAGACAGCGAAGGCUUUAUCCCGUUAACUUUCACGGCCACUCAGGAAGUAACCAUCAGAGACGGCAGCGCAAAGGUCUUCACGGACCCUCUCUUAGAGCCUUAAUCCUGCUCCUUCUCUCGAAGUCUUGAGAGAGUCUGACUGUCCAGAAUGAGGACUCCGCUGGCUAACCCACCCAUUUAGGCAGUACGGCCUGAUGCUUCUUUGUGCAGUAUUUGCUGCACAUGAGGCCAUUCAGAGGAGAGCUGUUGUCCACCGUGGACUCUCCUCAGCUGGGAUUCGCACUGUCGCUCAGAGGUGAAGCCCCUGCCGUGGUUGCCUCGGCUGCUUUUCCUCCUUGUCUCCUGUACGCCGACCCCCGGGCUGCAGCUCCCUGCUGUCUAGCAGAGCUCAGUCUUUGUUAGAUGGCUCAAAAAGUGGUUGUUUACGUA